GGGCUCAAAUAGAAUUUUACAAGAACAUAAUGGAUGGAGAGGAGAAAACCUAUGGUAGCUAUGAAGGCCCUGAUGCUAUGUAUGUAAAAUUAAUACCUUCUGAUGGCCCUGAAUUUAUUGUAAAAAGAGAACAUGCAUUAAUAUCAGGAACAAUAAAGGCCAUGUUGAGUGGUCCCGGUCGGUUUAACGAGAAUGAAACCAACGAGGUCAAUUUUACAGAGAUCCCCUCACAUGUGCUAUCAAAACUGUGCAUGUACUUUACCUACAAGGUUCACUAUACUAACAGCUCCACUGAAAUUCCUGAAUUCCCAAUUGCACCUGAAAUAGCAAUGGAACUGCUGAUGGCUACAAACUUCCUAAAUUAUUAA